AUGCCUGGAAUUGUUGAAGAGGUUGUAUAUGAAUCGAAUGGAAAUUCCAUGCCUAAUAAGGAAAACCCAGCUCUAAAUGGCUUCCCAAAGGGUACUAUGAAUCAGCAAAGUCCUGGGAGUACAGGACCUGAUCGUCCAGUUGAUGGGGUGGUUGACACCUCAAUUGAGCAGCUUUAUGAGAAUGUGUGCGAUAUGCAGAGUUCUGAUCAGUCACCCUCAAGACGUAGUUUUCGAUCGGAUGGUGAGGAGUCUAGGAUUGAUUCGGAGUUACACCAUCUUGUUGGAGGAGAGAUGAGAGAGGUGGAGAUAAUGGAAGAGGAAGUGCUACAAAAGCCAGCGUAUGAUUCUCGUAGUGAUUCAAGUUUUAAAAAGGAAGCUUCGUCCUCGGAUAGAAAACCAGCAAAGAUGGAUAAAUCUGCAAGUACAAAAUCCACUUCUUCAGGGAACUCUAAGAAAGUUGCUCACUUGCAGGUGGACACUGAAACUUCAUCAAAACCAGUGUUGAAGGGAAGAAGUCCUGAUAAACCUCCCAUUUAUGGGGUUAGUGAUAAGAAUCCACAAAAACAACAUGCAGGACCCACUUCUGUGAAGAAACGCAGGAAUGCAUCUUCAGGAGGGUCAAAGUUGCAGAUUGGAACUGAGGAUGUGGCUGAAUCAGGAUUAAACAAUCCGGAUCUUGGGCCAUUUUUGCUUAAGCAAGCUAGGGAUUUGAUUUCUUCAGGGGAUAAUCCCCAGAAGGCUCUUGAAUUAGCUCUUCGAGCUGCAAAAUCGUUUGAAUUGUCUUCAAAUGGGAAACCCUGUUUAGAGCUAGUAAUGUGUUUGCAUGUUACAUCAGCGAUUUACUGUAGCUUAGGCCAGUACAGUGAGGCAAUUCCUGUUCUCGAGCGUUCAAUUGAGAUUUCAGCUAUUGAGGAAGACCAAAAUCAUGCCCUUGCUAAAUUUGCUGGCCACAUGCAGUUGGGUGAUACUUAUGCUAUGCUGGGCCAACUUGAGAAUUCAAUUAUGCAUUACACAAGUGGAUUGGAAAUCCAAAGACAAGUUUUGGGAGAAACAGAUGAAAGAGUGGGUGAGACUUGUCGGUAUCUGGCUGAAGCUCAUGUUCAAGCACUGCAAUUUGAUGAGGCUCAGAGGCUUUGCCAGAUGUCUCUUGACAGUCAUAAAGAGAAUGGUUCCCCAGCUUCUCUGGAAGAGGCAGCAGAUAGGAGACUGAUGGGUCUUAUAUGUGAAACGAAGGGAGAUCAUGAAGCUGCUCUUGAGCACCUUGUUUUAGCCAGCAUGGCUAUGGUUGCAAAUGGCCAGGAAGUGGAGGUGGCUUCUGUCGAUUGCAGCAUUGGAGACACGUACUUAUCUUUGUCUCGGUAUGAUGAAGCUACUUUUGCUUAUCAGAAGGCACUGACUGUGUUCAAGACCACCAAAGGAGAGAACCAUCCAUCUGUUGGUUCAGUCUUUAUACGUCUGGCUGAUUUGUAUAACAGGACCGGGAAAGUUAGAGAAUCAAAAUCAUACUGUGAGAAUGCCCUUAGAAUUUAUGAAAAGCCCAUGCCUGGAGUCCCUCCUGAGGAGAUGGCAAGUGGUCUCACAGAUGUUUCUGCUAUAUAUGAAUCAAUGAAUGACCUUGAGCAGGCAGUCAAGUUGCUACAGAAGGCGUUAAAAAUAUACAAUGAUGCCCCUGGUCAGCAAAGCACAAUUGCCGGGAUUGAAGCUCAAAUGGGGGUCAUGUACUACAUGUUGGGGAAUUAUUCGGAGUCUUACGACUCCUUUAAAAGUGCGAUUUCAAAGCUCCGUGCAACUGGAGAGAAGAAAACUGCCUUUUUCGGAAUUGUUCUUAACCAAAUGGGCCUUGCUUGUGUACAACGUUAUUCCAUAAAUGAGGCUCAAGAAUUCUUUGAAGAAGCCAGGACUGUCUUGGAACAUGAGUGUGGGCGGUAUCACCCUGAUACACUUGGGGUUUAUAGCAAUCUUGCGGGCACUUAUGAUGCAACUGGCAGGUUGGAGGAUGCAAUCGAAAUCUUGGAGUACGUCGUUGAGAUGAGAGAAGAAAAACUUGGGACAGCUAAUCCUGAUGUAGAUGAUGAGAAAAGAAGGUUGGCCGAGUUAUUGAAAGAAGCAGGCAGAGUUCGGAGCAGAAAAGCCAGAUCACUAGAGAACCUCCUUGAUGCCAACUCCCACAGUAUAAGCAAUGAUGGUGUUAAGGUAUGA